AUGCCGCCCACAAAGAAGCAGCUCAAGCAGAAGGUGAGAGAGCUGGAGGCGCAAUUGGGUGCCGGGCAACCAGCACCCCUCGAGCCACAAGACAUUGUCGACUGGCUGUAUGACCAAUACGAGGCGCCUCACCCGCUGAGAACCAGCAACGAGACGAUGAUGAUGUGGCUACAGGCCAUGAACACAGGUUUGUCCAAGAACAACCUUAAUCGUCGCCUUAGUCGAGUCAUGGAACUCUGGCGACAGCAAGCCAUGCCUGGCGAGACCUAUACCAGACAACAACAGCAAGAGCUCAUCGCGCGAGAGGGCGCAUACUUGAUGCCGGUGGUAUUGACCACGACCUGGCAGCAACACCUGCAGGCCAAGAAGGCCAAACAGGAGCAAGAGAAGGACGACGAGAGCAUGGACGAGCAGAUGCAGUCGGGUACUGAGCUUGAGUACAGCUCCAUCAUGUCGAUCGACCUUCCUCCCGUCGAUCCUAUCGUCUCCGCUGCCAACUUCGCCUUCGCCUUUGUCUCCGCCGGCACCCCACCCCGCGCUGGGUUCGGGCUCAGCGAUGUCGUGUCAACACUCAAUCUGCCGCCUCCUGUUCUCGACACUUCCACCGCCUCCGCCUCCGCCGCCCCCGCCGCCUACACUCCCAGGGCCCGCACCAACGUCCCUGUCAGGCGUUCUAGGGGACCGUGGCACCAGUAUGCUGCCGAUCCGGUGCCGAACUUGUUCCCUGGCUAUCCCAGACUGGGACCUGUAAUUCUUUCGGGUAGUCAGCAACGAAGUCAAGACGAGCUAUCGGUUUUGCAAUCGGAGGAGAACAAGUUGGUGGACCGCUUGGAACAGCAGGACAGCCCACAUGGCUGGAUUCUUCCACCUCGUUUGCGAAUGCCGGCGGUCCCGAGCCGCGACUUCCCACGUUCUCUCCCCACCAGGUUUAGGAGCAGAGCAGAGCAAGGGCUUAAUCAAGUCGAGGCUGCAGCUUCAUCUACGCUCUCAAAGAAGCGUAGCAUGAACGCUCCUCCUGCCGCCACCAUAUCUGCUCAGCCACAUCGAAGCAGCCGUAGACGUGUCGAGCAAGAUGAAGCUUCUCGUGAGGUAGGGCAUGAGACUGACGAAAGCCAUAAGGGACCGGUCAGAGGUCUUCCUGCUCUGGACUAUGGUUCUGAUAGGGAUUGA